AGGAGAAAGGAGUGGAGAGAAAAGCCGCCGCUGCGCGCGAACAUGGAGAGAGAGUGCGGGAGCGGGGGUCGCACUUCCUGGAUGUAGAACAAAGCGGAAGCCAUCGCCGUUCUGAGCGUGACCCCCUCCCUCCUCCCUGUCUCUGCCCGCGCUGUCGCUCUUCUUUCCACUCCGAGGAGGGGCUGUUCUGGAGUGCACCACUACCCCUUCCCGAGGGGGGCGCUGUGUUCGGUUGGGGCGGCGAAUUGUCCCCCCGGCCCCCUCCUCGGCUCCCGCGCUCCGUUCGCUGGUCGGCCCAUGAGGUUGCGGUGGCGGCCGGCGGCGCUUCCCGGGCCUGAACUCCGUUGCUGCCGGAGUCGCUUGUGACUGCCUUAGACCGAUGCUCGCUCGGCUGGGGCGGAGAGGAGCGGCUCCUGGCGGGCAAGGGCCGGAGCGGGGAGACCAGAUGAGGAGGAGGAGACGGAGGGUGUUGCCGCCGCCGCCGCCGGGCCCCUCAUAAUCCCGGCCUUGCCAGGCAGAUGCAUCCCAGGAUGAAUGAAAUGAACCUGAGCCCUGUAGGGAUGGAGCAGCUGACAUCUUCCUCUGUGAGCAACGCUCUGACUGUUGCAGGAAGCCACUUAGGACUGGCUUCCUCACCAACACACAAUGCCAUACCAGCACCAGGAUUGCCAGUUGCAAUUCCAAAUUUGGGGCCCUCCUUGCCAUCUGCUCUGUCUCUGAUGCUUCCGAUGGGGAUUGGGGAUAGAGGAGUGAUGUGUGGUAUACCAGAGAGAAAUUACACCCUACCUCCACCACCUUACCCUCAUCUGGAGAGCAGCUACUUCAGGCACAUUCUCCCUGGUCUCCUGUCUUAUUUAGCUGACAGACCUCCACCUCAGUACAUCCAUCCCAACAAUAUAAAUGUUGAUAGCAAUCCAGCUUUAUCUGUCUCAAACAACCCUUCAGGCCUAGAUCCUUACCAGCCAAAUGGUACAGUGGGUCUUGAACCUGGCAUUGUCUCCUUGGAUUCCCGCUCAGUGAAUGCACACAGCGCCCAAAGCUUGCAUUCCAGUGAUAGCCAUGAGGUAGCUUUGGAUACAACAAUUGCCAUGGAAAGUGUCUCGAGGGUUACCAGUCCGAUUUCUACUGACCGAAUUGCUGAAGAACUUACAAUGGGUGAUGUAGCAGGAGAUCAUUCACAAAUUGCAAAUGGCAACCAUAAUCAUGAGUCUUUAGCUGUGGAUGCUGUCAGUAGCAGUUUAGCUACAGAUACUGUAGGGCAUAAUGGCGUCAUCCCUAUUCACGGCAACAGUUUAGAGCUUCCAGUUGUUAUGGAGCCUGACCAUAUUGCCGGUCGUGUUAGUGGGAUAUCUGACAGAACACUUGGAGACACGAUUCAUACAGUAGCCAUGAGUAGCAACUCUGUGAGUGUUGCACUUUCUACCUCACACAACCUGACAUCCCUGGAGUCUGUCUCUUUACAUGAAGUGGGUCUCAGUUUGGAGCCUGUGACCGUGUCCGCCAUAAGCCAGGAAGUAGCCAUGGGACAAAACCAUGUGGAUGUCUCCUCGGACAAUCUUGCCUUUGUGCCAUCGUCACUGCAGAUGGAAGACUCCAAUUCAAACAAGGAGAAUAUGGCUACUCUGUUUACCAUAUGGUGCACACUGUGUGACAAGGCCUACCCAUCUGAUUGUCCAGAUCAUGGGCCUGUGACCUUUGUUUCAGACACCCCAAUAGAGAGUCGAGCUAGGCUUUCUCUCCCAAAACAGCUUGUUGUCCGCCAAUCUAUCAUGGGCGCUGAAGUUGGUGUGUGGGCUCAAGAGACCAUUCCUGUACGCACUUGUUUUGGACCACUCAUUGGGCAGCAGAGUCACUCCAUGGAAGUAGCUGAUUGGACAGACAAAACAGCCAAUCACAUUUGGAAGAUGUACCAUAAUAAUGUUUUGGAGUUCUACAUCAUCACAACUGAUGAACAUGAAUGUAACUGGAUGAUGUUUGUGCGGAAAGCCAGGACCCAGGAAGAACAGAAUCUGGUAGCUUAUCCUCAUGAUGGAAAGAUUUACUUCUGCACCUCACGAGAUAUCCCUCCAGACCAUGAACUUCUUUUUUACUAUAGUCGAGAUUAUGCCCGACAGAUUGGUGUUCCUGAGCAUCCUGACAUGCACACUUGUCACUGUGGAAAAGAAUGUGCUUCUUACACAGAAUUCAAGGCGCACCUGAAUAGUCACAUCCACUUCCCCAGUCAGGGACACAGCACCAGCCAUGGACCAGGCCACAGUAAGGAAAGGAAGUGGAAAUGCUCCAUGUGUCCUCAAGCAUUCAUCUCGCCUUCCAAGCUCCAUGUUCAUUUCAUGGGGCACAUGGGUAUGAAGCCACACAAAUGUGAUUUCUGUAGCAAAGCCUUUAGUGACCCUAGCAAUCUCCGUACACACCUCAAAAUUCAUACAGGUCAAAAGAAUUAUCGCUGUGCUCUCUGUGAGAAGUCAUUUACUCAAAAGGCCCACCUGGAGUCACACAUGGUUAUCCACACAGGGGAGAAAAACCUGAAGUGUGAUUACUGUGACAAACUAUUCAUGCGACGGCAAGACCUGAAGCAGCACAUACUUACCCAUACACAAGAAUGUCAGAUCAAGUGUCCCCAGUGUGAGAAACUGUUCCUGAGAACAAAUCACCUAAAGAAACACUUAAACUCUCAUGAAGGAAAGCGUGACUAUGUAUGUGAAAAGUGCUCCAAGGCUUACUUGACAAAAUACCACCUCACUCGCCACCUUAAAAUCUGUAAAGGACCCACCUUCAGCCUCUCAGCCCAGGAGGAGGAGGAGGAGGAGGAGGAGGAGGAUUCUUCAGAGGAGAAAGAAUUGAUCAAUUCUGCAAGAAGUGAAGACUUAAUACCAGCGUGUAUGUGACAAAUGAUACUCUCUUGCCACAAAUAAGAAAUGGCGUUCCUAAAUUGUAAAUUGACUCAGCUUCCUAAAAUCAUGUUUAUCAAAGUAAUAUUUGUACAGUGGACCUCUGUUCAGUGACCAGAGUUCAUGCCUUUAACAAAAAUGGCUUGUGUAUUUUUUCAGAAAGGUUCUCAGAAAGCUUAAACCACUGUACCACCUACUCACUUUCAUCUGUUAGAGUUGUACUAUUUGUGACUCGGUUGAUGUGACAUGCAUGACUUUUAGAAUGGAACAGGUUGUUACAAUUAUGAACAGUCCACUGUUUGGAAUAAUAUCAGAUAUCCUAUUUUACAAGUUAAUAGUACCUUAGAAUAUGCAAAUCAAAUUCAUUAUUACAGCCGCAUAAUGCUCUGACUUGACUUGUAUAAAAUAGCAUUGGGCUCCAUUGUUUAAAUCAGCAUUCAUUGUAUACCAAUGAAUUAAGUGCUCAUGUGUUCACAACUGAGUAUUUUCAAAUGACUAAAGUGUAACAGUACGGUGUGGGAUCCAUACAGAAAGGCAUGCUUGUGUUUGGAAUGCAGACUUGGUUUUAGCAUGAGCCAGAGUUUAACUAAGCAGUGGUUGCGGCAUAUGGUAUUAUCUAUACUGUAACUGGUAACCAUUUCCUUUCGGGAAGGGGAAUUCUGCUGCUAAUGUAUUUAUGGGAGGAAAAUAUUUAAAAAUCUGUUUCCUUAUGGAAAAAAUUAAAAUACUGCUUUUUAA